UUCAUUGCUCUCUGGGUAGUCAAUAAUCUUUAUCAAUGUUAUCUACAUCCGCUGAGGGGCGUACCGGGACCGUUUCUGGCAAAGUUCAGUCAAGCCUGGCGCAAUAUCAGGUACUUCAGAGGAAGCUGGCACGAUGAUAUCCUCGGCCUUCAUCAAAAAUAUGGCAAUGUCGUUCGAAUUGCACCCAACGAAAUCAGCUUCGUUGAUGCCGGGGCACUCAAGAAACUUUAC